GACAAUGUGGAAUUACUUGCACGUUUCUCCUGAAUUAUACAAUCAGACCUUGAGGUCCACGAGCUUGCUAACAUAGGAGUAAAUUUAUUUAUUUAUUUAUUUGCACCAGCAGCUGAGCAAAUUAAUUUCCAUGCGUCAGAGGGAGCACGCGUAGAUAUCCAUCCCGCCCCUGCGAAAUGUAAGCAAGCAUGGUCAACAGAUCCAGAGAUUUCCCAUAUACUAAACUAGUGCCACCGCCGCCGCUUACAUGGAAGUAGUGUAACUUGACGUAAAAAAAACAUGUCUGAAGAAGGCUGAAACCUGAAGAAGUCUUUUCCACGUUCUGCGCGAGAUCUUAGUAAUAAAUGUACUUGUGAUUUGUUCAGCAAGAAUAUGCCACUACACAGUUCCAGUUCUAGGUAUCACUUACGCGGCUUACUGGGACUCUAGGAGCCGUACAGAGAUGAGGAACUAUGCUCAUCCUUUUGUUUUCUGUAAACUUAUCCAGUCAGGUGUUUGCAUGCUACUUCCAUCCAAAUAUCAGUGACCCCAGAAACACAACCUUGAGCUGCCAUUCUUCAUCAGUAUCCACUAUCCAGGCACAUCCAACCAUGACCAUUUCCUCACGAAAAAAGAGGAAGGUUUCAGAGCCAGUUCAGAACACUGACACCUGUAAUCUCCGGUCUAGUCUACUUCUUGCGGUAGGAGAGAAUAGGACCAAGCAAACCCGCACCUUCCUCCACAGUUCAUCACAAGUAGGCCAGUAUAGCAGCAGAUGCAGAGCUAGACACAUCUCUGCGCAACAAACACUUGGAUCGCGCGAGGCGAGAGGAUAAGCGAGAACGCAAAAAAAGAUCUUUGUCUCUUUUACCGUCCCAGUUGACCGGCCGCCCACCACCACUCCGGCCGACACAUCAACAACCACUGUGAAUGAAUCCGCCAUGGCCAUACCUGCGAUGGCGCCACCACUGUGCUCGGCCGCACUCGACUUAAAAAAAACGAGCUCGGAGCUGUCAUGUCCUACUCCUACCUCCUGAUGCCACCGAGCGAAUACCACGCACACCACCACGAGACAGAGGGAGAAUUCUUUCCCUCUUUUAAUCUAGCAAACAAAUGCAAGCGCACAAUUGGAACAAGUAAGCUGGUGACCAGGAAAGCAAUUCGAGGGAGGGGGAGAGGAGGAAGAUUUUUAAAAGAAGGAGACGCCAGAAAGGAGACGACGAGUGCUCGAUUCUUUUCCUCGCUAGAAAAAGUGGAAGCGAAACAAAGAAAAGCUGUGUGAGAGAAAGAGAGAGAGAGAGAGUAGACUAGCAGUACUAGUUAGUUUAUGGUGGCAAUAAUUGUUUGGCAGGCAUUGGGAAUCCCGGCGCCAGUGUUUCCAUCCCGCAGCGCUGAAUUCCAAGAGAUCUCGUCUGCCCCUCGUCCUCCUCUCUUCGGGCCAUCACGGCGGCGGCAGCGGCGGCUCGGCUCGUUUGCGGUGUGCCGCAAGUUGUGCAACUGAACUGCGCUUUGCCCGCCCCCGGCCCUUCCUUUUUGGGCGCAUAUAAACGAGCAACGUCUCGCCUUUGGGGUCGGCGGGGCCGCCGCUUUUUAGUUGCGCUCUCCCCUCCUCUCCCCCGCACCCUGCCUGCCUUUUCCAUUGGAGCGCACAAAGCCGGACGGCACCACCAUUUAAAGAAGGCCAACCAAGCACACGGCACGGCGAAGAAGAGACCACCACCUCACACUCCAUUCACGGCAGGAUCGAUCGCUAUAGCUGCUGCGCCCCCCUGCACCCUUGCGUCUUCUGCCGCUGCUGCGCUGCGGCUCCGGCACAGAACUGAGUACUUUUGUUUGAAGAAAGAUUUGUUCAGUCAAGCUUUGCAAAUUACCAUCAUAGUUUGGAUGACAUCCAUGGUUACUUUGAUGAGUUUAUGGAGCCCUGGUUGCCGAGCUUAUCUGGGUUCUCUGACAAUGGAACUGUAAUAUUUGCAACAAAACUUUCCUCAUCUUGGAAGAAAGUUUCAAGAGGGCUUGACAACUUAUAAGUGUCCUGUGAAGCCUGAUGACGUGUUCGUGAGGGCGAAGUGGGAGAGCAAAAUUACUUCUGGCAUGCAGAUGUCAACAGAUCCUAAUCACUACGGGGUAUUUCCACAUUCAUUCUGCAACCAACAUGUGGUUUCAUUUCAGACGAGUUCAGUUACUAGUGUAUCAGGAGCCAUACCAGUUUGUCUAGACACUUCCAGUGGAAUGAAUGGCAAUAUGGCGAUGUUGAACACUACAACUUCAACGAUUGUAUCCACUGGUUCACCAAACAUGAGUGCUGAGUUUUCUUGCCAGAACCUCAAGUAUACUGCACCGUUGGCUGUGGAGUGGUCCUAUCCGGAGCUGCAAUUGUUGAAUGAUGGCCUCAACAAGUAUGCAAAUGAACCAGGAAUCAUGAAGUACAUAAAGAUAGCAGCCACGUUACCAGACAAGACAGUAAGAGAUGUUGCCAUGAGAUGCCAAUGGAUGGCAGCGAGAAAAGAAGCUACAAGACGACGGAAACCUGAAGAACAUUAUCUUGGAAAAAAGAUAAAAGAUAGAAAGGAUAAAAUGGCUGAGCCGUCAUCAUGGGGUACCAAUCCUCCUGUUCAGACUGAGAUGAGAUGUUCCUCUUCUAUGCCUGCUAACGCCAAACACAAUGGGUUUCUCUCUGCAGACUCUCAAAUUGAUCAUGGAAUGCUAAAUAUAUUGGAAGAAAAUGCUAAGCUACUCAAUCAAAUAGAAGUAAAUAUUUUAACAUCACAGGCCCAUAACAAUAUUGAACUUUUCCAUCACGCAAGAAGGAACAUCAAUGGUCUUUUACAAAGCAUGAGCCAAAUUCCCGGAAUAAUGAGCAAGAUGCCCCCAUUGCCUAUUUCGGUGGAUGAAAGGCUAGCUAGCUGCAUACUCCCUCGUGCUCCUAUGGCUCAAGUUCUUGGCAGCAGUCAUUUGAAAGAAGAACGAAGAGUAUGGUAGGCCACUGCUAGACAGGGAAGCAGCUCAAUUUUCAGCAGCAGUUUGACCAAAAAUAUCUGAAGAGCCAUGUGCUUGGGAGUCUGCAUGGAGAAGCAUAGGUGAAAGAACGAUCUGGCUUUUCUGAUGGUCUCAAAGCUACAGAAGCAACAUGAUCCACUUCACCUCAUGGCUUAAAGAACACUGUCUAGCUUGCCUUGUCAGGAUGCUCUGUAUUAGUGAUCAACAAAUUUGAGAUAGGGAGAGUUUUCCGUAAUCUGCAGUUUUCCUCACCUUGGUUGCACAUAUCGAUUCUUUUUUGGGUUUUGUCCUGGUGAUCGAUGUUAACAGAAGUGUAGCGUAGAAAUUGAACUUUGAUAUGAAUAAUUAGCAGGAAAAGCCUAGCCUUUUUGUCAGUUACUACAAUGGUAACCAACCUCCUGUGUAUCUAGUAUUCUAGUUCUAGUA